CACUUCAAUAGACAGUCAUACCGUACAAAAACAUAGGAACUGCUUGCUUUCUGAAUGCAUUGAGCCGGGAAGUGAAACGUUCAUUUUAAGUUUUGUCUUUGACUAACUCAGAUCAUCACAUGGCUCAUCAUCUGAUUCUCUUUAUUAUUUUACUUUACACAGCAGUCACUGUGAGCAUUACAACACUAAACCAUGUUAGUGUAAGAGAAGGAGGAACAGUUACUAUCCCAUGUCUGUAUGACAGUCGCUAUAAACUCAACCCAAAAUAUUGGUGUACUGGGCAGCUCUGGAGGCUGUGCACUGUAACGGCACAUACAGGAUAUACAGACAAAACAGGAAAAUGGCUGAUAACAGACAACCCAUCCAAAAACAUUUUUACAGUUCAACUCAAUAAUCUGACAACAGUCUUUGACUCUGGAUUUCACUGGUGUGCCGUGGACAUUAAAGACAGCCUAGAUGAGAAAGCAAAGUUGUAUAUAACAGUUCAAACAGCUCCUGAUGUCUCUGUGAUGUCCAGCAGUGUAACUGUAGAUGAAGGUGGUAAUAUCAGUGUACAGUGUCUCUACAGCACUAAAUAUAAAAAUGAACCAAAAAAGUGGUGUAACAUUAAAGACCAGAGCUGUCACACAGUGGGAAGAUCUGGCACAUCCCAGUAUUCAGUUGAGAUCAGUGAUGAUGGGAGAGGAUCUUUGACUGUGAUGAUGUCUGGACUGAUGAAGAGUGAUUCUGGCUGGUAUUACUGUUCUGUAGGAGAUCUACAGGCUCCUCUUCAACUCACAGUCAAUGCAGCCGUGACCACAGACAUGAGCACUGCAAAACUAUGGGACCUACAAGAGUUCUGUCUUUCGAAGAACUAGAGUUGACCUAAAGGAUGGUUGUGUGUAGAAAAAUAAUCCAGAAUUAAUAAUCCUUCACUGAAGUAUAACUACACACAUUCUUCUCUCAUUCCUCUCAGUUUAAUGACUGAAAAUGCUGAAAACUUAUUAGUUUCUUUUGUUCUUUCUUUGUGUUAAUAUGAUGUUUGAAGCUUAUGUUUUCUACUGUACAUCCCUGUUUGCACCAUUUGGAUUAUUAA